AUGUCUGGACGCGGCAAACAAGGAGGGAAGGUUCGGGCUAAGGCAAAGACCCGCUCAUCCCGGGCAGGACUUCAGUUCCCCGUCGGUCGUGUGCACAGGCUUCUCCGCAAAGGGAACUAUGCCGAGAGGGUGGGCGCCGGUGCUCCCGUGUACCUGGCCGCUGUGCUGGAGUAUUUAACCGCUGAGAUCCUGGAAUUGGCCGGUAAUGCCGCCCGGGACAACAAGAAGACCCGCAUCAUCCCCCGUCACCUGCAGUUGGCCGUGCGCAAUGACGAGGAGCUGAACAAGCUGCUGGGAGGGGUGACCAUCGCCCAGGGAGGCGUCCUCCCCAACAUCCAGGCCGUGCUGCUGCCCAAAAAGACCGAGAGCAGCAAAGCGGCAAAGAGCAAGUGAUCACCGCUUAUCCCAGACCCAUCCUGAACACCAAAGGCUCUUCUAAGAGCCACCCACAUUGUCUACUACAGAGCUGGCACCGCUGAUCUCGGGUGUGAAAGGGAUUUGAGCUGCUAUAUUUUUCUUACGUAGGACUACGUGUGGGUUGUGCCGAAUGUAGUUGGUAUCUGAGGGUUAAUUCUCUUGUAAUGAGUACAUUUUCUUAAGUGACCGCAGUGUAGAGAUGGCGCCCCCUAUACUGUAACCUCCUGAACACAUCGGAUCUCCAGCCGAUCAGGGGUCAGCGCUUCU